AUGUCUUCAACCGUUGCCUCCAACGUCCGGCCGACAUUAUUUCCACAUUUUCCCUCCCCGGCAGUCUCGAUAGGGCCCCAACAGCAGCGGCAGCUAUAUUCCCUUGACCUGAAGCAACUACAACAUCCUUCCCUGGCAAACAAAGCUGCCUUGCGCAACGGCGGUCUUCCAACGCCACCAUCCGAAGCGAAUAUGAGUACUGCGUACCACCCUCAUAACUCGGCCCUCUCAUCGACAUACAACAGCCAUGUGACCAUGGCAAGACAGCCGGCUGCUUUGACUCAACUGAGUCGAAUUGCUCCCAACCUUUGCGAUGCUACAGCUGGCCAAAUUACCAGAAACCAACCGCAACAACAAAACUUUGGGCAACAGCACCAGCCCGACUAUUUGGCACAACCACAACAGUCACAAUAUGCCUCGAAUCACACAUCGGUCAAUUCUCUUCCCUUGAUUGACAACUCUCGAAAUACCACCCGGCCCUCUACCCCUUCGUCAACAGCGACAUCAGUGCGUUCGAAUUUCGAGGGAGUGUCAAGGAGAGACUCGGCCAUGGUCAUGCACAGUCUGAAGCUGCCCAGUUGCAUAGCACCCAAUGGUGGCAAUCUGGACGAUUUUGCUUCCUUGAUGACUUGCUUCUUCUGGUUUGAGAACAUGGAGACAAUCCAAGCGGCGGAGCAAAUCAAGACUCGCCCUUCUACCUCGCCAAUCCCUCCUCUUUCUUCUUAUACGAGACCCGGUAUUGCCUACAAGAAAUGGGUGAACAGCAUUCUCACGACGACACAAGUUACCCAGAAUGUCAUUCUCUUAGCAUUGCUCUUUGUUUAUAGGCUCAAGAGCAGAAACGCCAAGGUGAACGGAAGUCCAGGCAGUGAAUACAGGCUCCUCACCGUGGCCUUGAUGCUAGGGAAUAAGUUCUUGGACGAUAAUACCUACACGAACAAGACAUGGGCCGAGGUUUCAGGCAUUGCCGUUAAGGAGAUUCAUGUCAUGGAGGUCGAAUUUCUCAGUAAUAUGCGGUAUGGUCUGCUUGUGUCCAAGGAACAGUGGGAAGACUGGAUCAAGAAGCUGGCCUGCUUUCACGAGUACUGCGAAGAGGCCGACGCCAGGGAGAAGGCUGCAGAGAUGGCCGCUGCCGUUCGAAGACAACGCGCACAAGUAAUGCCAUUGAACUUGUCGUCGCCCACACACCACGGUUUCGGCUCUCCUCUGCCGUCCCCGACGAAUAUUUUGCCGUCCAGCAUGCAGCCAAGCCCAGCUUCGUUGGCAGCCUACUCGCCUAAUGCUGCAGUAUAUAACUCAAAACCGAAUUGGCCCAGUUCGUACCAGCAAACACCAGCAUUGUCUCCAUUAGCAGCCAAGCCGAGUCUCGCAUAUCCCAUGAACGGGAGGAAGCGAAGCCUGGAGAGCUCAGAGCGCUCAGAACCGGCCCCCAAGCGCACGACCAGGCCACCACCAGCUGCAGGCGUCCCUACAACUGGAUCAUUCAGUGGUGUACCAGAAUCUGACCGGCUCUCAGUCCCCCACCUCACAUUAGACACAAGCCAAAUAGUAACUCCGGUUGCUUACCAGUCCACUUCAGCCUACUCCCAAGGCCCAGUCUCGUUGCCUCCUCUAAGUCAGGGCAUGCGUGCCAUGUCGACUGUCUAUCCACAUGCAACGACAUGGGCAUCGCAGGCGCCUACAUUGGCCACCUGUGGACCCCAGACACCAUCAUACGCUGCGCCUUCUCACUUCGGAACCCCCACAAAACGCCACAGCCCAGGAAGCUUGGCUGUAUUUGCUUCAUCACCGCUGGAGCCUUUCGCGACACAUACACCCAGCAACAAUUCCCCUCUGGUUUACCUGCAGCAGCGCAACAGCCCCUACAAGCCGGUGAGGCCGGUUAACACUCUCAACUACCCCCCACCAUCGGUUCCUCUCUCCGAAUACCACUUGGGCUCGGCCCAAAUGCAUUAUCAAUCACUUGGCCGCCGCAAUGUGCGAACAGGAAUUGUCCCGGAGUUUUUACCGACCAUUAGUGGUGGACGGCCAACACCCAUUCCCACGACCCAGACUCAUUCUCGGCAUUAUCACCCUGCUUAG